AUGUACUGUUUCUUUGCGUUGUCACUACUCAUGACACGUAAUAAAAAACUAGCGUUACACAAGUAUUGGAGUAUUGAUAAAUAUUUAUGCAGUAGUAUUUUUAGUCAAGUAAUGACCAGAAAUCGGUAUCUUUGGAUACUACAGAUGAUACAUUUUAGCCGUCUACAAGGGUUCGCUGAUAAUCGUCUAUAUAAAAUAAGUGACAUAAUAAACAUGCUACGAAAAUUGUUCUGCGACACAUUUUAUCCGUAUGAAAAAGUUUGCAUUGAUGAAAGCUUGAUGUUAUACAAAGGUUGCCUGUCCUUCAAACAGUACAUUCCCUCGAAAAGGAAUCGAUUUGGAAUAAAAUCAUACAUACUCUGUGAUUGCAAAACAGGCUAUGUCCAAGACCUUAUAGUUUACGAAGAAAAGUCAACUGUUACAGAAAGUGACAUCAGCGGAAUUGGAAAAUCGGCUGUAAUUGUUUUAUCACUCUUGCAACCAUAUUUAGGCCAAGGUCACACACUAUACAUUGACAAUGUUUAUUCAAGUUCAGCAUUAUUUAACUUUUUACACGAUUACUGUACGAAUGCAUGCGGCACUGUAAAAAAAAGACGUCAAGGAAUGCCGAAGAUGGAAGAGCGACUGAAAAAAGGAGAAGCAUGUUUUCGUGCAGCAAAAAACUUGCUAGCGAUGAAGUGGAUGGAUAAAAAUGAAGUCUAUAUGAUUUCCACUAUACAUACUGUAAAUUUUGAAACAGUAUCGAGAUAUGGAGGGGAACAGAGUGUCCGGAAGCCAUUGAAGUGGUAUCGGAAAUUUUUCUUUCAUCUCAUAAACAUCUGUGUGUGGAAUGCAUAUUGUAUGUACAAGCACAAUCAGAGAAAAACAAUAUCGAUGGCAAAAUUUCAUUUGACGGUGAUAAAACAAAUAGUCGAAAAGUAUCGUUUCAAUGCAACAGGACGUCAAAGCAGACCCGCUGAUAAUCAGAUGAGGUUAACCGACAGGCAUUUUUCCACAUUUUGUAAGCUGAAAAGCAGAAGACGGAGGUGUGUAAUUUGUAGCAAAAAUGAUAAAAGAACGGAUUCGCAGUAUGAGUGCAAAGAUUGCGAUUUUGGCCUUUGUAUAGAUCCUUGCUUCCAAAUAUAUCACACAGAAUUACAUUAUUAG